UUGAUUGCCAGCAAUGAGAGCCAAUAUCGUAUUAAACACAGUCUACGGAAGUAUGUUCUAAGCUUCCCUGUGGCUUUGCUUCUUAAAAUGCAGGCUGACUUCUCGUUUUCCGAAGUGAAUUUAAUUGUUUAUCCGCAAUGAUCAGUUUCCCGAAUAUAUUGUCUAUUUUCAUCGUACUGUAUUGGCAAGAAUGCAAUCGCCCAACCACAGGAUAUUAUUUGGAUAAUGGCAAAAUUGAAGGACAGCAAUUCUCGAGUAUCUGGCCAGAGGUGAAGGUUCCUAAUGCAUACACAGGCCAGUUCUAUCGAACUACUAUUGCAUCGUCAAGUCUACGUGAUUACAAUAUACGAUUCUUGGUAUCUGCAGUUGGCUCUCAGAACCUUCCCAAAUGGCUCACCUACGACGAUGAAGAUUAUUCAUUAACGGGAAUACCAUUAUCUUCCGAUGCUGGUUCCUACCAGUUAUUUGUUGUUGCAAUGCGAUGCAAUAAAACAUCGCGGACCACUGAAAACGAACUACUUGGCGCACAGAAUUUUGAAAUCAAUGUUUUACGAAGCCAAAACCUCUCCUACUGUAAUAACAACGCAAAUUUCAUUGCGACACAAGUAUCUCUUUCUGUGAACGCGACCCAAUUGAAUUCGACACAAAGGAUUGAGCUUUUUCAUUGGUUUGUAACAGAGUUUGAUCUUUCUGCUAAUCGCACUGCCUCGCUUUAUUUCAAGCAUGAAUAUGAACCAAAAAACAUCAGUCAUACUGGCUGUGAUAUAUUGGAAACGUUUGAAGCAAAUACGAGUUAUUCCGGGCCUGUGUUGACAAUCUCGUGGCUUGAAGGAUGUGAUUUGAAUGUCUCUACUAAUAUGUCAGAUAUAACUGCGAGACUCAAUAGAACUGUCCUUGACUAUCCCGUGUUUUCUUGGAAAGUUUUAAAUGGAAAUGACAGCACUUCAUGUUUGUUGGGUGUACAGAGAAGUAUCGUUGCAUCUUCCGCUGAUUUUGAUGCACACCGAAGUACUACUGCCUCCCUUAUUCAUCAUAGCAUGUUGGUAAGAUACGUAUCAGUUCAAAUAACUAACGUCACAACUACAACGCCAUCAUCGUCUGUGCUAUCAGCAAUUGACCAAGAGAAACCAUCCUUUGUUUCAUCUCUGGGAAUUUCCACUUCAAUAAACGCAGCGUCUCCACACCCAGUUGUUAUUAAUACCACUCCACGCUUCAAUUCAACAAAUCCGCUACACGGGAUGUCCAUCUCUUCUACUCUAUAUCGUAUAUCUACAAGAACCAGCCUGGUUCAUAUUAAUAUAUCACCAUCAAAAAGCGAAGUUGUUCUAAAAACUACCCACUCAACUUCUCUGGCUGUAAAUACUGAUCCAGUCGUACAGCGUCCCUUAGCAACCCUCAACAUCACCUCUUGUCAAUACUUGUACUACAAGAUCCCAAAGGAUACGUUUUGGGAUAAAGAAGAUGGCAACAACCUAACCUUACGGCUGCUUACGGAGAGUUUCCGUGAACUCUCGAUUGACUCCUGGGUCAGCUUCGAUCCCACUCGUAAUAUCGUGUACGGUAUACCAGUCUCUCCGGAAAUUUUUGCCAAUAACCUUACGCGAGUUGAUUUCGAAUAUAUAUUGUCAGCAGUUGACAGCAGUGGUCGUGAGGUAAACGCAAGUCUAACUUUGACGGUAUACGACGACCACACCCCAUCGGGUCAAGAAAUUUCAAUAGAAGUUAGAGACGCUUUGACCCAGUUCAAUCUCGUGCGGCUUUUUGAAGAUAUCAUCGGGUAUUUGUACAAUGGUGACAAGUCAACUAUGAAAAUUUUAAAUCUUAACCAAACUUCAACAAAAACACAGCUAACAUGGAGUGAUUGUAAAGCCGUUACAGACGUGUGUGAUGCCAGACGAGUAGAGAGAACUUUAAAUUUAAUCAGAAUUGACGAGAGCUUCCUAAAUCCACAUUUUGUUAUCGCCCUAGUUCCUAAUGUCUUGCUCGAUGCUCGUGCUAAAAAGUUAGGCAUGUGUUUAAACGAAGCACCCGUGGCCAGAGGGGAGGAUAUACGUCUGAAUAUCACUUGUUGUGAGAGGUUCAGUUACGCCAUUCCACCUGAUCUAUUCCACGACAAAGAAGACGGCAAUACUCGAAAUCUUUCGCUUAGCAUUCGUUACACGAGUGCUUCACGAUCACCUUCAGAAACUUGGAUCAUGCUGAACGACACUGCAAAAACCAUAGAGGGUGUAAUUGCUCUCGACGAAGCACAGAAACGCUCUGGCCUUGUCUUUGAACAAUUUUACAUUAUCGCUACUGAUUCUGGUAGACUUGAAGCCAAUGCUUCCGUCACAAUAACUGUCUUGCAACCAUUGCCUACCUCCAACUACCAAGUCUCACUUUUUCUAAAGCGUCUUCACUCGUUUUCAACCCAACUCGAAGAAAUACUUAACAUUAUUCAAAAAUUGAGUUUAUACUUUAAAGGUGUGACAUCGGAUGAGGUUCGUGUUUUGUCGUAUUCCCGAGAAAAUACCGUCACUGUAUUUAAGUGGUCUCUAGCAGGACUACGACUCAAGCCAUGCGACUCGCUCGCUAUUGCAAACAUAUCACAGAAACUGAAAGCUGCCGAUGGCCGACAAGCCAUAUAUGGAUUGCCUGAUGAAGCUGCCCUUCAGGCACAGCCCAGUGGCGGGUACCGUUACGUGCUUGUUGGUCAGGACAGUGGCGGAAGAAUUGCAAGUUCUGUUGUAGUUGUUUAUCUUCCAGAGACUGCUCAGCCUUAUAAUUAUCGUAUUUCCGCCAAUCUCCGCAGUUAUAUUGACGCCUCACUGCCGUGCGUGGAUCACGUUAUUGAAUUUCUGAAGAAACUAAGUCUAUUUCUUGGUGAAGAUACAGAUCGUAUUCGAGUAAUCUCCUACAAUAUUUCAAAGACGUAUCCAGCUGACGUCACCGUUUCUUGGACCAAUCAAAGCGCUAAUUUUAACACAUGUGAUCACAAAAUGAUCCGAGACAGAUUCAAGCAAAUUACCAAUCCCGAAGGUGGAGUGACUCAAUCGUUUUCCGAAGCUUUGCUACCAUAUUUUCUUGUGCAAGAGAUCAGAUUAGAAUUCCUGGAAACGUGUAAUUAUAUAUUCUCAAAUACUCCACCAGUCCUGUUAUCACCUGUGAAAUCUCUAAAUAUCCUUCUCUAUCAAGCACUACGAUUCCAGCUGCCAGCUAACUUGUUUUAUGACAAAGAAGACGGGUAUACAAAGAAUCUCUCGGUGACUGCUCUAGAUCAGUUUUUCAAACCGUUUAACAGGUCUUCAUGGAUUCAAUUUGACGCAACGACUCAACAGCUCUAUGCCUUGCCAACGUCAAUUGUUGCUAAGGAACAACCAACCGACGGCUACGACAUAAACAUCGUUGCCAUGGAUAGCCACUCCAACACGGCAAAUGCUACCAUACGCAUCAUUGUUAAUGACACCUUUGAUGCUGUGAAUUUCGUGAUGGAAUUCAAUAUGGCUUACAAUACCAGCCAGAAAUAUCAAGAUAUUGACUUAGUAUUAAAAUUUCUAGACAAGGUAAAGGCUUUCUUAGGAAACUCUGGUAUUAUUGUCACGAGUUACUUCAAGGGCAAUACGACUUUAAGGGUUGGAAUAUCAGCAAUGAACUUUCGUGGACUUGAAUGUAAUUUCGCAGAACUCCAGGAGAUCAGGCGCCAUUUAUUGCUCCAAGAAAACAGCAGUGAAAUUGUGGGAGGGAGAAUGAAUUCUACGAAACCUCGCCAUAACUUUCAACCAAGUAAAAACUUUACCAGAGCGAUGGAGCCAGAUUUUCUAAUAUUAGGUGUAACGGAAUACAAAACAGGAUCUUGUUCCAACACACCGCCGAUUCUUCUUCAUCCAAUCCCACAUUUUGUCAUUCCAACACACGGAUUCUUUUCCAUCGUUCUACCAGUAAGAACAUUUUAUGAUGCAGAAGACGGAUUCACUUCUAAUCUCAGUCUUACCAUGUUCAGUUCAUCUGGGAAUAUUCUACCACCGGAAAGUUGGUUGCAAUUUAAUGACACCACGGACGAACUAUACGGAGUUGUUACAAAUAGAAUAAAGCCAAACGAGAACUACACAUUCCUUUUGAAAGCUGAAGACAGUUAUGGCUUGAAAGCAAACGCAAGUUUCACUGUAGAGCUCACUUCGAGGCUUCAAAACAUUGGUUUUAAAAUGAACGUAAUAUUUAGAAGUAAUUUCUCGUCCAUCGUUUUUCAUGUCGAUAUCAUGAGACUUUUUCUUUUUAAAGCAACAAGUUAUUUUGGUGGAAAUAUCAGCCUCGAGGUCUUAUCCUACGAACGAGGUUCUGGUGUACCAUCUACUGAUAUCCUAUCCUGGAGUGUUUCAGAACUGGAUUACGAGAAUUGUGAUCUGCCGCUUCUGCACGAAAUUUCCGAGAAGGCGCGCUCCGACAAUAAUCAUCCAAAUGCCGAAUUCGGACGGGCAUUGCUUCCGGAGUUUGAAAUAUUGAUAGUGUUUGAACAGAGGCUGGGAUCUUGCGCAGAUGCACUAAACUCUUUACCAACGGUGGUCGUUCCAACUCUGAGUUUAAACGUCACCACAAUUCCAACAGUUUUUCAUUACGAAGUUCCAAGAAAUGUGUUUUCAGACGCAGAAGAUGGGGACACCAGGAACCUAAUUUUGACAUUGUUGGAUGAGGAUAACAAAGUGGUUCUAAGAAACUCAUCUUUACAGCUCGACCAAUCCCUACAAGUGUUGUAUGGGAUUUUCACAGAGAGUGAUUUGAGGACAAAUUCUCGUGUCGUGAAAAGGGACAUAAGUUCUAAUUCAAUUUCCAUGAGAUUUACCUUACUAGCAACAGAUAGUGGUGGAAAGACAGCCAGUAGUCUCCUUAAUAUAAAUCUUGAAAACAACAUUAUAUCACAAAACUUUGAAUUAUAUUUGACCUUCACGAGUUAUCUUAGCUCAACCUCGCCUGACGUCAAACAUCUUAUAAAUUUCCAGGAGAAAUUAAAUGGUUUUGGAGCCUUUCGUGGGAUGCAAGUCACGAGCUAUGUGAGAUCCUCAGGUUAUCCUGCGAAAUUCCAGGCUGGUUUUAUUAACUCGACCUCAGAUGUCAAUCAAAGUGUCUGUGAUUUCUCGGUAAUUUCUGGAGUAACAAAUACAUUUCAAGAUUCUUCAAAGAAUCUCAAAAGCGAGUUUACUGCAAGAUUCCUACCGGAAUUCGUUGUUCAGGAAUCGUACAUUCAAAGACAUGGGCCUUGUCUGAAUCCUCCAAAUAACCCGCCAAGAGUCGCCAAGGUAAUUCCUACAAUUGACAUAACAAUUUGUGAAAUAUUGAAAUUUCAAAUACCGGAGGAUACGUUUCAUGACGAAGACGGCAACACCAGAAACUUGAGUCUGAAUUUGGAAAGUGUUUUACCUCAAAAUUCAGAGUGGGUAUAUUUCGAUCAUCUCUCGCAAAUAAUUUACGCUGUUCCAACAUUAAAUGCUGUUGCUAACCAGCCUGAUGGUGGAUCAAUCUUUAAGCUGACUGCGGUAGACUCGCAUGGAAGAAACGCAUCAAUAGAUUUGAUUGUGUCAGUGAAGGAUACAAUUCUUCGGGACAGCUACAGGACAAGUGCUAUUGUUCAAGUCCCUUCAUUGGUUCUCUCGAAAGAAAAUCUAGUUCUAAAAACAAUCGAAUUUGUCGAGGCAACUGAACGCUAUCUUGAUAGCUCAAUGAGAAAUGAAAUUCGUGUUGCAGAGUUUACCAAGAUUUCACAAUCAUUGUUGAAAGUUGUGUGGUCCUACUGCUCUCUUCGUUACUCGCCGUGUGAUUAUCAGAACAUCGAAAGAAUCCGACAAGCGACGAUUCAUAGCGGAACCUUACCACAUCCAAGAUUCAUCCAAUCCCUUGCCCCGGCGUUGAUCGUGGAUAGCGUGGAAGACGAGAUGCGUGGGCCGUGUUUGAACCAACGACCUACGGUGUUGCAUCAGUUGGAACGACUCAAUAUAACCCUGUGUAGCAGCCUUUUAAAAUACCCCAUUCCCUACAACACAUUCUUUGAUAAAGAGGACGGGUACACUCCAAACUUGACUCUAUCUUUAUUGUCCUCAACAUCUACUCCUCUGAGCGACAACUACUGGAUUACACUGGACCAUUCUCAAACUAUCGUAGCGUACCCGAAUGUGGAUGCUUUCAAAUCCCAACCGAAAUCUGGGUACGAGUUUUUAAUAAACGCCAGGGACAAAUACGGCUUGAGUACGAAUUUACCCAUAAAGAUUUUCCACAAAGGUGAGAUACCACAGAGUACAUACGAGGUCACGUUGGUAUUACAAGCAAAGUUUGGAAAUAUGAGCCGUUCUGUUGAUCAAAUGAGGAUUAUAUUGCCAGCUCUAGCAGGCUUCAUGGGUGGAACUGAGCAUUUAAUUCGCGCACAUUCGUUUCUACGCUCUGGUGUGAAUUCUACAACAUCUUUCUUCACUUGGAGUAACUGCAGUCUGGACCCCAGUGGCUGUGACAUACUAGGAAUCACAGAGAUUUCAAAACGUUUAAGGAACGAUGGGAAAAUAUCAGAACAACUUAGGGAAGCUUUUCGCCCAAACUUCGACGUGCAAUUUGUGUUUGAGCAAAGAUUUGGAUCAUGUGUUGAUGAUACUAACCAUCAACCCAAAGCUAAACACUCUCUUUACCAGCUAACGAUUAAGAACUUUUGCGGAGUGUGGCAGUUUCAAAUACCGUCUGAUUUCUUUCAUGACACUGAAGAUGGCGGAACAAGAAACCUGACACUUUCGUUAAAAACAAUCCACUCGCUUGAAAUCAGCACCGAUUCGUGGAUUCAACUGAAGCAGGAAAACCAGACCUUGUACGGGUUUCCUGCUAUGAGCAAUUCCAGUAAUUCAAGUACUACGACCAGGGAGGUGUACAUCUUGAUAGCAGGGGAUUCACAGGGAAAGUUUGCGACAAUGAGGCUGGAGAUUAUCUUUGGUGAUAGAACUCCAGAUGUCCAUUACGGAGUGUUGAUAAAAAUGUCUAGUUAUGUCGCAGAAAGCAUUGCUGAUGUGUAUCACUUGAAGUACUUCGUUGAGAAGCUUGCAUUAUUCUUAAAAGCCGAGACGAGAUCGAUAAUGGUGACCAAGUAUUGUAGAAAGACUUCAGCCAGUAAUUCGAGGUUAUCUGUGACGUGGACAAACUGCUCGGUUGCUGCGAAUUCGUGCGAUUCAAACCAAAUUAGGAUAAUUAGCGAGAAGUUUAACUUGAACACAGGCGAUGUGGAUCGGACCUUUUCUCAAUCUAUGCUUCCAUAUUUUGUUCCCAAUUUUAUUACCUUGGAAAAGUAUGGUCUGUGUAGAAUCGAGGCAGAGAAAUCGCCUCCUAGACUUCUUAGACCAAUUGGUAGAAUAUUCGCUUACUCUGGUGGCUUAUUGACAUAUGCCCUUCCGAAGGAUGCAUUUGUGGAUAGCGAAGAUGGCAACGCCUUGAAUCUCUCGUUGAAAAUGCAGUUUACUAACAAAGUCACCGUUCCAGCUUCCUAUUGGUUGAAAUUUGAUAACGUCAGUCUGGUUAUAUCAGGUGUCUUAUUGGUGGAGAACGCUUGGAAAAACUCGUUUCGAUUGGUUGCCCGUGAUCAACAUGGUAACGAAGCCGUUGAUAUUUUCGAGGUAUUCCUAGAACAAAGAUGCCGCCCAAACCUGCUCAGUUAUAAAGUUUUCUCUGAAGUUGUUUACGCAGGGAAUAAAGAGGAUAUAAAUCAAAGAUUUCUUCAAAAAUUGGAAAUGUAUUUUCAAACUUGGUUAACUGACACAAACUUUACGAUCCUUUCUACGACAUCAGAAGGCAACAAUUCGUUUAGUAUUGUUUGGAGCCAUGCAAGAACCUGCGGUGUUUGCUUCAAAGUGAAUGCGACGCUUCAGUCGCUUUCCGAGAAAAUGACGGACAGCAAUGGCAGCGCCUUAACAGGAUUCAAGGCCGCACUUUUACCUACGUUCGUGUUAGUGAAUAUAUCUGAAGAAAAAUGCCAGGCAAAACCCGGAGUUCUUGAAAAUGUGGUAAAAGGUGGUGAAAAGGAUAGAUGGAAACUGUACAUUGUUCCUAUAGUCGUUCUUUUGAUAUUUUUGUUGUUUUCAUUUAUAUUCUUCAUUUGUCGGUGUGUUGUAUUUCCGUACGAGAGCAAAAAGCAGGAAGUUAUUUUAGCCGACUCACCAGACAAUGAGAUUCAUGUCACUGAUAGAAUAAGCCGCAGCAAUGCUUCUCUGUACAACAGCGCAUCAACAACAAUCAUAAACGACGGUUACCUUGGAAGCAAUCACGCAAUCGACCUACCCGAGAUCUUCCUUGAUAAGAGAGUCUCGCCUUCAAAAUCAAGCCUGACAACUGACCUGUCCUCGGGUCCAAUUCAGAGCGAUAAGCCAACUUCGACGCGCGAUGUUGUCGAGCCUGAGCCUGUAUUAGUUCCUACACCGCCGCUAUACAGCGAUGCCGCGGUACACUUGGCAACCAAACCUGAUCGGAAGCCUAGGGAGAGACACCAAGCAAAUUCUGCCAUUGAAAUGCACGAGAUACCCGUGAUCAAACGCGAAGUUGCGCCGUCCAGUGAAGCUAUUCCGGAUCAUCAAUCGGAAGUAGACGGACGACCACCGGUGGAAAUGAUUCAAGCGACUCGUAAACCAUCGCCUCUCUCGGUACCUAACGACACAUGGGGUGCGUUUGAUGAAGAAGAUGACCCGAUACCACGUCGUAACAGAUUACGACUUCCGACACCGCCCGAAGUUGGUACACUUCGGUUACCUCCGGUUCCUAAACCUUUAAACAAUACUCCAGCUUCUUCACUUGGUAACUCUCCUUCUUCACCAUCAAACAACACACCAAACAGCCCAUCUCCAAGCGUUUAUUCAACUCCGUUACAAACCCCAAAUUAUUCACAGACCACAGUCAAUAAUACGUAUAAUGUCAGACACACUCUCACCCCAUCGGAAGCACCUACAGCAUCCCCAAAUAGCUACGCCAAUCCACCAGCAUACACCGAAUACCCAUACGGAACCCCGAUUCGGGAACGAUCACAACUGGGAAUUCAAAGUCCCAUAUCUUACGGAACCCCUAUACGGGAAAGAACUCAGCUAGGGAUUCAAAGUCCCCUCGGGUUUCCGCUCCUGCAGAACCGUGUGCCGUAUAUUGACCACAGACAGCAAAGGCCAACUAAUGAGCCCAGGUCAAAUGACUUGCAUGAAGUUUUGGGUCAGUUACGAGAGACAGUUAAUAGAGAGUUGGACAGAAGGAAAGAUAUGGAUAAAUACUUGGAAUCAUACCUUAACAGAAAAUAGAGAUUUAACGUUCAAUGUUGCAUGAACUCUCUUGCAUAAUGUAUUAUAGUCUACCAAGGAUCAAAUGCUUGUUAAGGCAUUGUAUUUAGCUAUUUUCAUCAAAUAUAUUUUAAUAAUUUUA